AUUUCUCUCUCUCUCUCUCUCUCUCUCUCUCUCUUUUUAUAAUAUAUUAAUCCCAAGAAAAAAAAAAUCUUACACACUGCACUAAUCCCAAUUUAUUUUCACUAAUCCUAUUUUAUUUAUAAUCUAAUUUGAUAUUUUAUAUAUUGUAUAUCAUCAUACUCCAAAUUCCAAAUCUGCAGUUCACUAGAUUAGAUUCGGGUCCUUAUCCCCGAGAUCCAACAAACCCUAACUACAAGGAGCAGGUUCACGAAUCCAGAACCCAAAAUUGAUAUCGAGUAUCAAGUGCUGAACGGUGUCAGGGAACAUGGCUCAAUACCACGGGGAUGAAAUGGAGUACGUUGCAGAUGAUAAUGAAAUGGUAGAGGUAGAAGAUGAUAUGUAUUUCCGUGGAAGAGCAUUUGGUGAAACUGAUUCUGAUGACGACGAUGACGAUGAAUAUGACCUUUUGGAAAACCAAAUAACAGAUACCAUUGCAGCUGAAGCUAGGAGGGGAAAGGAUAUUCAAGGUAUACCUUGGGAUAGACUGAGCAUUAGUCGUGAGAAAUAUAGACAAACAAGACUAGAGCAGUACAAAAAUUAUGAAAAUAUACCACAAUCAGGGGAACUGGCAGAGAAGGAAUGCAAAGCAACACAUAAAGGGGGAAUGUACUAUGAUUUCUGGCAAAACACUAGAUCCGUGAAGUCAACAAUACUUCAUUUCCAAUUGAGAAACUUAGUCUGGUCGACAUCAAAACAUGAUGUAUAUCUUGUUGCACAUUACUCAAUUGUUCACUGGUCUUCAUUAAGUUCUAAGAGAUCUGAAGUCUUGAAUGUAUCGGGGCAUGUAGCUCCAUGUGAGAAACACCCUGGAAGCCUCUUGGAGGGUUUUACUCAAACACAAAUUAGUACACUCGCUGUACGUGAUAACUUGUUGAUUGCUGGAGGGUUUCAAGGAGAACUUAUUUGCAAGUACUUAGAUCGACCCGGGGUUAGCUUUUGUUCCCGAACGACUUAUGAGGACAAUGCGAUCACAAAUGCUGUUGAGAUUUAUGAGCAUCCCAGUGGAGCUGUUCACUUCAUGGCUUCAAACAAUGAUGGUGGAAUUAGAAACUUUGAUAUGGAGAGAUUUCAGCUUACGAAGCAUUCAUGCUUUCCAUGGCCAGUAAAUCAUACUUCAUUGAGUCCUAAUGGGAAAUUAGUUGUAAUUGUUGGAGACAAUCCAGACGGAUUACUGGUGGAUUCUCAAACUGGAAAGACUAUUUCACCUCUAUGCGGACACUUGGACUACUCAUUUGCAUCUGCAUGGCAUCCUAAUGGUUGCAUUUUUGCCACUGGCAACCAAGACAAAACAUGUCGCAUUUGGGAUGUUCGGAAUUUGUCAAAGUCUGUAGCUGUCCUCAAGGGAAACCUGGGAGCCAUACGCUCAAUACGCUUCACAUCUGAUGGACAAUACAUGGCAAUGGCUGAGCCAGCUGACUUUGUGCAUGUCUAUGAUGCCAAGAAAGGAUUUGAAAAGGAGCAAGAAAUUGAUUUUUUUGGAGAGGUAUCUGGUGUAUCUUUUAGCCCAGACACAGAAUCAUUGUUUAUUGGUGUAUGGGAUCGUACAUAUGGAAGUCUUCUUCAAUUCAACCGACGCAGAAACUAUAUGUAUCUUGACUACUUGUAAAUUUGUAACAUUGUGAGUACAUACAUAUCAUGUAUCUUCGUUUAUUGUCUAGGAGCUUGAGUGUUUUAACGCCAUCCAUCUUACUAGAAGAAAGAUCGCCCGAAUGUCAUGCUUCAUCAUACAAUGUAGAACAUGUCAUGAGGAUGUUACCUUUAUUUGUUGUACACCUUCAUGUUAAAUAAUAAUUAAAGAAAAUGAAGGAAAUUUGAUACUAGAUUUCAUA